UAAGCGAAGACGGUGACUUGGACAGUGGGAGCUUGUGGUGACAUCUUGGCUAGGCCUUGGGGACAGAGGUAGAGCAGUCAGGGGUGGAAUGCCGAAACAGGCCUGGGUGGGAAUGGAGAGUGAAAGACCUGAAGUGAGGAAGAGGAGCUUUGACAGCAGAUGCUUCAUCCUGGAACAGAGGUGUGAGGGGCCUCAGCCUCCUGCCCACAAUAGAGCCGAGGAUGGCUGUCUUUCUUUGCUCAUGCCCUCACUGGUCCCUGAGAGCAGGCUAGCAUCCUGCCACCUGGAGCCCAUGGUCAAGAAGAGAAAGCAGGAAGAUGAGGUCCCUUAUAGAGAGGUGCUGAGGCUUGCCGGGCUCCAGGCUAUUCCCCAGGGGCAACCACUCAAGGGAUGCAGAAGAGGGCUGGUCUCCGGUGUGUGAGAUGCAUUUAGCUGGUAGACCGCUUCCCGAUUCCUUCCCUCCCGUUUUUCUGCCCUUUCUCCACCUCCUAGCUGCUCUGAUGUGAACCUCACAAUUUAGCUUUGCUCCCUGGGGGUGCAGCCAAUCCAUGAUGGCUUUGACCAAGAAAAUGUCUCUGAUACCUGAGAGCAGCCUUAAUUCUUGGCUUUGACAGUCUGAGAUUUCUUGGAAGUCCCAGGCAUUUGAAAUUCCCUCACUGGGGUUUCUGGGGCUGAGAGGUUUGGGAACUGAUGAGUUUCCCAAAUCUGACUUUUGUCCCUGUCAACCCUCAGGCUAAAAAUCUAAAUCCCUGGAGCCCCACAAAGACCUUCUGGCCUUUGACACAGAUUUCAUCUUAGAUUUUAGUGCAGUGAAAGUAGACUUGAGUCUCUCUCCCCUCUCACCUUUAUCCUAGGGAUGACACCAGCAUCAAAGAGCCUCUGGGAUUACUGGUGCGCCUUGAGGCUCCUGCAUUCCCUCCUGUUUCCAGCCCUUCAUUGGGAGAGCCACAAAGAAUGCUUUCCUCUCAGUCCCCAAGUAUCCCCCAGCUAGCUAGCCCCUAGGCUCAGAGGCAACCUCAGCUCCAGGAGGAGGCGGGGACCAAUAUGGAUCUCCAAGAGGCUCCCUCAUCAUUUAGGACCAAGGCUUUAACAGGUUCCUCCUUACCCAUGUUGAGUGAUCUGGAGCGAGUCAGCCCUGGCCUUUGGAAAGGAGUGAGAGGCCGGGUGUGGUGCAUGCCCGUCAUCCCAGUGCUUCAGGGGAGGCCGAGGCAGGAGGAGUGUAACUUACUUAGCCAUUUCCAGCCUGUCUAGCCUUCCAACAGCAGUAAACUCAGUUGAAAGGGCACGUGUUAAAACCGGGCCUGAAUCGACAAUGGUUCGGGGCUGCUCGCAUCAUGGUUUAUGUCUGGUGCUGACUUCAGGCAACUUUUAAAGAAAACCAUUAUUCACCUAAGGAGCCUCAGCUGGGGAAAGUCGGACUCAGGCCAUACGGCUUUUUCUGUGGCUGGUGAACAGGGUUCCUCGGGCUUCCGUGGGCUAGAAUGGGGGAAGGGGACUUUAGGAAAAGAUGUGAAUGGGGAAAUGGUCCCAAAGUCCUGAGUGGUUGUUUUCUUCCCACUAACCAAAGCUGGAGAGGGAUCCCUCAGGAGGGUGUGUUCCGGAUUUCUUGCCUCAGGCCCAGGACUCCAACCAUUUUAUAAUGGAAUCUUUAUUUUGUGAAAGUAAGUAUGGGCAUAGUCGGGAAGCGGGGUAAAGCGCUAACCUAGGUGGAUUUUAGGGAUGAAUUUUAGGGUCUCUCUCUCUCUUUCUCUCUCUCUUCCAUGUUUAGGCCUUUGCGCAUAUACCCAUGCAUGUUCAUGUUAGCAGAUAAUAUAGAAGGCUGUGAUGUUUGCCCCAGUAGGUAGCGGGGACUCAUCUCUGGAGAAGGAGUUCCUCGGGGCCCCAGUGGGGCCCUCGGUGAGCACCCCAAACAGCCAGCACUCUUCGCCCAGCCGCUCACUCAGUGCCAACUCCAUCAAGGUGGAAAUGUACAGCGAUGAGGAGUCGAGCCGACUGCUGGGGCCGGACGAGCGGCUCCUGGAUAAGGAUGACAGCGUGAUUGUGGAGGACUCGCUGUCGGAGCCCCUGGGCUACUGCGAUGGAAGUGGACCAGAGCCUCACUCCCCUGGUGGCAUCCGGCUGCCCAAUGGCAAGCUCAAGUGUGAUGUCUGUGGCAUGGUCUGUAUCGGCCCCAAUGUGCUCAUGGUUCACAAGCGCAGCCACACGGGGGAAAGGCCUUUCCACUGUAACCAGUGCGGGGCCUCCUUCACACAGAAGGGGAAUCUGCUGCGCCACAUCAAGCUGCACUCCGGUGAGAAGCCUUUCAAAUGUCCCUUCUGCAACUACGCCUGCCGCCGGCGUGAUGCGCUCACCGGCCACCUCCGCACACACUCAGUCUCUUCUCCCACAGUGGGCAAACCCUACAAGUGCAACUACUGCGGCCGGAGCUACAAACAGCAGAGCACCUUGGAAGAGCACAAGGAGCGGUGCCACAACUACCUGCAGAGUCUCAGCACUGAAGCCCAGGCUUUGGCCGGCCAGCCAGGUGACGAAAUGCGGGACCUGGAGAUGGUGCCUGACUCGAUGCUGCACUCAACGUCUGAGCGGCCAACUUUCAUCGAUCGCCUGGCCAACAGCCUCACCAAACGCAAACGCUCCACGCCACAGAAGUUUGUAGGCGAAAAGCAGAUGCGCUUCAGCCUCUCGGACCUCCCCUAUGAUGUGAACCCCGGCGGUGGCUAUGAAAAGGAUGUGGAGUUGGUGGCGCACCAUGGCCUAGAGCCUGGUUUUGGAGGUUCUCUAGCCUUCGUGGGUACAGAGCAUCUGCGUCCCCUCCGCCUCCCACCCACCAACUGCAUCUCGGAACUCACGCCGGUCAUCAGCUCUGUGUACACCCAGAUGCAGCCCCUCCCCAGCCGACUGGAGCUUCCAGGGUCCCGAGAAGCAGGUGAGGGACCCGAGGACCUGGGAGACGGAGGUCCCCUUCUCUAUCGGGCCCGAGGCUCUCUGACUGACCCUGGGGCAUCCCCCAGCAAUGGCUGCCAGGACUCCACAGACACAGAGAGCAAUCACGAAGAUCGGAUUGGCGGGGUGGUGUCCCUCCCUCAGGGUCCCCCACCUCAACCUCCUCCCACCAUAGUGGUGGGCCGGCACAGUCCCGCCUAUGCCAAAGAGGACCCCAAACCACAGGAGGGGUUAUUGCGGGGCACCCCAGGCCCCUCCAAGGAAGUGCUUCGGGUGGUGGGUGAGAGCGGCGAGCCUGUGAAGGCGUUUAAGUGUGAACACUGCCGCAUCCUCUUCCUGGACCACGUCAUGUUCACCAUCCACAUGGGCUGCCAUGGCUUCAGAGACCCUUUCGAGUGUAACAUCUGUGGUUACCACAGCCAGGACCGGUAUGAGUUCUCUUCCCACAUUGUCCGGGGGGAACAUAAGGUGGGCUAGCGAGCUCUUUCCCCUCACCGUCAUCCCGCCAUCCACUGCCCCACCUCCAGGUGUCUAGCCCAGUUCCUAUUACACCCCGAGGAGUUUCGCGUUGUAGCCCCGCCCACUGGCCACCUCACUUCACACCUGACUCUGACCCUGCCGGUUCCCUUCUACCCUGACUGAUUUAAGCAUUGCGACGAGACCAGUCUUUUGCUUAUAUUUCUCCUUCUGAACCCCUCUCUUCCCAGCGUAUUUGCUGUUUGUUAAUGACAUUCCCAUGGCCUUUGAAGACUUUCUGCGAUCUCUGGCCACUCCUUCACUCUGCUCUAAGCCUUGUUGUUUUCUUGUCGAUCCCACAUCCUCUGACAGCCCCAGGGCCUGGAAGCUCCUCUUUGUACUAAGGGACUCUGAGCUUCUUGCUUUAAUCCGCACCCUUACUUCUCCGACUCUUUGGAUGUUGAUACCUCCCAGCGGCCCCACCUGAGCUUUGUGGCAUUAUUAUCUCCUCUCUGGGACCCUCCGACCUGGUACUUCAUACCUCUUGUGCCCGCUCACUUUAGGCAGCUUGCACUAACUUCUUACACGAACGAAGAAUUUCCUCAUUGGAAGUAGGAGGGCUGUAGAAACUCUCCAGGAACUGUGGACUGAGGGUCCUCUUGACCUCACCUGGGAAUGCGAGCUCCCUAAAGCCUCCAUUCAGGAUCUCCCUCUCUCUAGCUCACCCCUCCACACCACUCUGGUCUCAACCUGCCAGGUCCCUCACUGGUGGCUUUUCCCUUCUUGGAACGCCCCCAUUUUAUACUCUCAGGGGCUAAAGCUAGGUCCGCAACCCUGCCUGACAUGGGGAGCCUAGCUGAGAACCAGGGCACGGGAAAGGGGGUGGGUAGAAGUCUCUCCACCCUUCAAACUUGUUCACUCCAGUGACCUUCCUGGGCUCUCAGGGACCCCUGCUGUCCCCGCUGUGUGAGAAACUGGUGGGUUGCUGCCCAGUGACCAGGGGCUCAGCCCCAUCUGUCAUGCUGCCUUUUCCUCUCCCUUCCAGCAGGAUCCACAGUCUCGUUCCCAGGCUCCUGGGCCCUCUUAUUAUCAGUGGCAGGGAGAAAGGAAUGUGUCUCUUCUCCCUGCUAAUUUUCAGUGUAACCAAAAAUUGUCCCAGGAUGAAUGGCAUGUAUGUGCCCGUCGACCAAUCCGCCCUUGUUCUAGCAAGAAUGGGAUGGACUCAGCUAACUGGGAGCCACCCUUCACUGCCCCUCUCUGGUGGUUGCAGAGCCCCUGGUUCUGGAUAAUCGAGGAUUCAUGAGACCGUGCAGGAGAAGUCAUAGCCCACUGCACGGCUCUCUCUAUAAAGAGUUCCCUGCCAAGGCCACAGCCAUCCCACUCUCUACUUCUUUGAGAUUCAAACCAAAGGCUGUUUUUUCUAUGUUUAAAGAAACUAAGAAAAAAAAAAGUAGAAACCAAACACAGCACCUCAUAAGUUAUAAGUCUUGGUCUUCUCUUCUCUCUCUCCUUUUCCCUACAUCUUUCUUUCCACACGCCCUUCCUUGGUUGGCUCUUUUGCCUCUCUCUCCUUUUCUCAUUCCCUGUUAGGGACAUGGAGAGGCAUGAGAGGGUUGGCUAGAUCAGAUCCUGGGACUGGGGCUCUUAGCCUUCUGGAGACGCUGCUCUCCCCAUCAUGAGAAGGGUGGGGUGGAAAAGCUUUCUUUUUCUUCCCUUCUUCUCCUGUGUUACCAUGGCUUCCCAGAAGGGCCAGACUGGCAGGGAGGAGCUUUGUGGGGUGGUUCUUCCUCCUUGACAAAGUAGCAAUAAACAGGUGCUGCCAAAGGUGGAGCCUGGGGUGCGAGCUCCCAAGGGAGUGGUCCCGAGAGAAGGGAAGGGUCUUCGCAACCAACCUGGGGACGGCAGCAGAGCUGAGGUUAGCAUCUGUGCUGCUCCUGUGCUGUUCUGGCUACUGAGCCUCUUCCCACUAGACCUGCUCCACCACUUCUGUGUCUGCCAUGUACCUGGGGAUACCUCAGAAGAACUAGUUCCUCUGGGGCAUCAGAGCCUUUGAGCGCCCCAUUUCCUCCAUUCCUCAGUCAGCCUUAGCACCUGUAACCCCCAGAAACCUGAAGGACUAUGUUCCUAGGCUAUACUCUGUGCCCCCAAGAGCAGAGAUGGGAGGACAAGACCAGGUGCUAGGGAGGAGAGGGACACCCCGUCUCUCUCCAGCCCAUCACUGCACUUUAACCAGGGUCUUAGGUACAAAAUCCUACUUUCCAGAGCCUUCCAGCUCUGGAACCUCAAACAUCCUCAUGCUCUCUCCCAGCUCCUUUUGCAUAAAAAAAAAAGUAAAGAAAAAGAAGAAAAAUCAACAACAAAACACCAAAACCCACACAGAAA